AAGGAGGUGUACAAAAGACAUGUGAUGUCUAUCACAUGUAUUGCCAUGGGGAUCAGCUUUCUUGGCACCCUCUGCAUGGCUCUCUACUGUCGGAACAAGAGAAGGAGGGAAAAGCUCCAGGCGCACUUGAAAGAGAGCCGUAGCCUGAAAAACUACAACCUCAACUCUUUCAGCUUGCCCCCUAAACCCAGCCUUAGGCCUCAGCAAGGCCUGCAGCUCCAGAAAUAUUAUAAACCCACAUGUUCCUCGCCACCGCAUGUUCGAGAGUCUGGUUUUGUUCAAAGCACUGCUGCAUCUACCAGUCCACAAGGCACACUGACAGGGAAGCACCCUAGGAGUGGUUCCCUCUCUCAUAGUCCAGAUCAGAGGAGUCGUUCUGCUUUUCGGCCUGCAUCUCACAGAACACCACCCAUAAACAGAGGAUGUCUCAAUGCCAUUGGUGGAACGAGAGAUUCUGGUCCUGCCUACCAACAUCUCCAGGAAGUAGACAGCUCAGAGAGGGAGUCAGUAAGAAGGAACCUCUCUGGGCCAGGUAACGACCUACAACAGGAUUCCUUUUACAAUAUGCAAGCCUCACAAUCCUCAAAAUCUUGGAGCAGCCAUUUAGACCACAGGUGUGCUAGGAGCCUCAGGUCGAGCGGCUCUAGCCAAAGUCCUCCUGCUCCCUACCGUCCCUGCUCUAUCCCAAUCAUCCCCUCUGUCCACUCCUACCAGGAUGAGGUCUUGUGUAUGCAAACUGCCCCUACUGCUGGAAGCAGCCGUUCUAGUCCUCUGGAAAGCACAGCGGAAGCUUCGGCCGUUGAUCAACAGUCCAACAUAACGGUCUCCAACCGAAUGGCUGGUAGACAGGAGAAAGUGGCCUCACUACUGGACGAGGCUCAGGAACAGCUUAGAGUACUAGCACAUGCCCAGAGGAAACAGGAGGACAUCAGUAGCUCCGUACCUCAGGGGGCCAAAGAGACUGUGUGCAUCCUUUUAGCAAAUGCGGCUGGACAAGGGGGAGCGGCCUCUUUUGGGCCCACUGAGACUCAGUUAGUGAGCCCCAGAGACAUGCACAAAGAUGCCACAAAGCCUGGCCAAUGAAAAGGAUUUGACAGGACAAACCACAAAUGUCCCAUGUGUUUUGGGGCUUCAGAAUACUCCGCCAAAAUUGGGAUACCACUAAAAGCUACGAUUGAACUUCUGAGGACGUGGUGUGUGCGGUAGCUUGGGAGAGUGACAGUCUCAAACAUGUGAAAAGAUAAUUUAUUUAUAUGCAUUUAUUUAAGGAGAAACUUAGAAAAAGAAACCAAAUAGUCAGUCAUCUCCAUGGUGUUUUUAACUGUAAAAAAAAAAAUAUACAUAAAUAUAUAUAAAUGGAUAUAAAUAUAUGAAUUCAGACUGGUGACCAAGUACAAAAAAAGGAAUAUGGGAAUGAGAGUGAGACUUUUUUUGAAACAUAUCAGCUCCACAUCCUUAAAGACUCUAUGCUUGGUGUAAAAAAAAAAAAAAAAAAAAAAAAAAAGUUUUUCAACUUGUUUCACUCAUUUCCAGUCAAGUUAAGCUUGUCCGACACACAAUCUUGUGUUUUGCACCUGCCACUGCAGCAGCUGUGUUUACUAUCACCAUCCCAGUCACUGUCCUCUACCCUGCCAAGGAAUAUGGCUCCAUCUGCCUUUGAAAACAGUGGAACGUGGAUUACAAUUGGACUUAACUUCUAAACACUAAUCGUAUCCAGGCAUGAGGUAACUGAUAGUUAAGCACUGCCUCCAAGACAUCGAUUGGAAGAAUUUGAUGUGUCUGUCCAAUUGUGGCGCAAUCUGCAUUUUGUUUUCUGUGCCUCGGUGCAUUCACUCCUUCAUUUGGGUUUGGAUAAGAGUAAAGAUAAGCUAAUGGAACAGAGCACAUCAUACUACACACCACCCAACAUGAACAAACAGACCGUUGGCACCUCUCUGGAUGGACAGAGGAGAUUCCUGCACGGGAUAACAGACCGCUGGCUUGGCCAGCUUUUGUGUUGUUUUCUUUUCAUUCUUAUGAAAUUAUCUGCUGCUUUCUGGGAAGGUGGGUGGGAGCAGCAGUCACUAUGAGUCUGUAUGCUACUUUGAAUUGGGACAUAAUACUUCUGUGAAUUAACAACCAAAUGUGGUAAGAAAAGAAAAAUUAACAAUGAAUCUUUGGUGAAGCUGUUUCUUUGUUUCCAAUAUUGUUUUUGGUUUGUUUGUUUGUUUUUUAAUUUAGAUUUUUUCUGACCCCCAGUUCACACAAUUGUGCAUGUUGAUGGUAUUGUUUUGCAGAACCAACCCAUGAUAGUUUAAAUGAUUUAUAGAAAAACACCACAAAGAAGAAACUGCAUUAUAAUUGACCUGCUUCUGCUGAUUUUAAUCCAAAUCCUGUCAAAAAACAAGAGUGGUCUGCUGAGUUUUAUAGAUCAGUCCUAAUAGACCCAUUUCUGAGAAAUGGUCAAUGGCUGCAUUAUAUUGUAUUUACUUUUUUUUUACAUGCAGUUGUUUUCCUCCAGCAUUUUUUUAAGACUGCUACCUGUAGUUUGAUUUUAAGACCUUCUUUAAAACAUGCUGCAUUUGUCCUCCAUCAGAGGUUGUGUCUAUCAUGCCAGCCAUAACUCAAGCCAAAGGUGAAAUGACACAUCUUCAGGUAAAAGAAAGCAAUGUAAAGGUUAGCCUGUGGCAGAGAGGAGCAGUAAGGGCAGACAGAUAAGACUCUCAAUAAUCUCAUAAAAUCUUCCCUGGGCAAAAGCACUGACCUCAUCAAUGAAUUGCAGUGGAGCGGCAUGUCUAUCAAGAUAAUCAAGCAUCAUCAAGAAUAAUGUGAAAUUAUUGCUGUAAGGGAAAGACAAGAUAGAUUUAGAUCUUAAAGCUCUACCGUUCUUUUAUCGAACAAAUUAAAUCUUAAAAAUAGAAAAUAUCACAGUGCAACUAUUAGUUGUCAGGUGGAUUUCAUUUAAAAGGCAUCAGUUUGAUAUGAGCUGUUGGUAGACUGUCUUUAACAUAUUUUUAAAACAAAUUCAAAUGGUAUGUUUGUUAGUAUGAGCAUUCAUGAAUUUUUUUCUGUUUUCAAAUUCUGUAUAUGAUCAUUUUGUGAAUUUGAAUUUUAUUGGCAUAGAGUAGAUAUCCAGAAAUGCCACACAUGCAACAAAGAUUAAACCACAUUGCUAAGUGAUCUAUAAAACGGCAGACUAAUUCAUAUGCAGGUCAUAGCAGCAGAUAUAUGUCCAUCUGUUACUUCUAUAAAUGUUCCUUUUCAGUUGAAAUGAUGUGAGAAAGUUUAAUUUAAGUUGGACCAUAUUUUUGUACACUAGUCCUAAAGUGUUUUUGCACAGUUAUUACAAUGUAUGGUAAUUUAUGCUGUGAUGAUUCUAGAAUCUAAGGUACAUGAUUUGAUGAAUUCAUCACAGAAGACAGUAUAUUGCAAGACAGAGUGUGCAAGCUGCAACUGUGCAAGAUGUAACACGAGCACAACCUAAACUUCAUGGUUCUGUAUAACAGCCCCUUGAUGUACUUUAAUGUGCAAUUUCAAAAUCGAGAAAUUACAUUUCUGUUCAUUCUUGUAUGUGAGAAACUGCAUAAUUGCC